UAUUUGAAUCUUUUUACCUGUUUUCAGAAUCAUAGGUAAUAAUAGUAAGUUUGUUGAAUAAUUUCUUGCAAUGGGGACUCCUAUACAAAGUUUAUUGCCACUGGAAGAUGACAGUGAUGAACUACGUAUCACACCUCUGGGCUCUGGUCAAGAAGUUGGCAGAUCUUGCCAUCUUCUGGAAUUCAAAGGAAAGAAAGUUCUGUUGGACUUUGGCAUUCACCCUGCCCUGAGUGGACUGUCAGCUCUACCCUUCAGUGAUCACAUUGACCCGGCCUCCAUUGACUUGCUGCUGGUGUCACACUUCCACCUCGACCAUGCUGGUGGCCUCCCUUGGUUCCUCAUGAGGACAAAGUUCAAAGGCAGAUGUUACAUGACUCACCCUACAAAAGCUAUUUACAAAUGGCUCCUUGCUGAUUACAUCAAAGUCAGUAACCUGUCAUCGGAGCAGAUGCUGUACUCAGAGAGCGACUUGGAGGCGUCUUUAUCGCGCAUCAACUGCGUGAACUUCCACGAGGAGCGUGAGGUCUCCGGCAUCAAGUUCUGGUGCUACCACGCUGGCCAUGUGCUGGGGGCAGCCAUGUUCAUGAUACAGAUUGCCGGCGUCAAGGUUUUAUACACUGGGGACUUCUCACGACAAGAAGACCGUCACCUCAUGAUGGCCGAGAUCCCACAAAUAAGACCUGACAUCCUGAUGAUCGAGUCGACGUACGGCGUGAGCAUCCACGAGCCCCGCGAGAGCCGCGAGUCGCGCUUCACUAAAACCGUCAAGGAGAUCGUGACGCGCGGCGGCCGCUGCCUUAUCCCAGUCUUUGCUCUCGGCCGCGCCCAGGAACUGCUGCUCAUACUUGAUGAGUUCUGGCAGAACCACCCUGAGCUGCACGACGUCCCAAUUUACUACGCGUCGUCGCUGGCCAAGAAGUGCAUGAGCGUCUACCAGACCUACACGCACGCAAUGAACGAUAAGAUCAGGAACCAGAUCGCCCUUGACAAUCCCUUCCAGUUCAAGCACAUCGCCAACCUCAAGGGCAUGGAUCAGUUCGAAGACGUAGGGCCGUGCGUGAUCAUGGCUUCGCCAGGUAUGAUGCAGAGCGGCCUCUCCAGGGAGCUCUUCGAGAUGUGGUGCACCGACCCCAACAACGGCGUCAUCAUCGCAGGCUACUGCGUGGAAGGAACGUUAGCAAAAGAGAUCUUACAGGAGCCUGAGGAUAUCACGUCGCUGUCUGGUCAGAAACUGCCUCUGCGCUGCACGGUUGAGUACAUCAGCUUCUCGGCGCACACCGACUUUGAGCAGACCUCGCACUUCGUCAGGACCGUCCGCCCGCCCAAUGUCGUUUUGGUUCACGGCGAGAUGCACGAGAUGGGUCGCCUCAAGAGCGCGCUGGAGCGCGAGUAUGAAGACAAAGAAAAUCCACUCAAAGUAUUCAAUCCAAAAAAUCUUCACACUUUGUCCUUCCACUUCAAAGGCGAGAAGAUGGCAAAGAUGAUGGGCGAGCUCGUUAUCGAGAAGCCAAAGGAAGACCAGAUCAUUUCAGGAAUAUUGAUAAAGAAGAACUUCAACUGCCAUAUCGUGUCUCCUGCUGAACUGAACAAAUACACGCAACUCUCGUCGUCACGCAUCAGUCAGCGCAUGAGCGUGGCAUACACGGGAGGCUUCCCCUUGCUCCACUACCUGCUGGCCUGCAUGUUCGCCGACAUCGAGGUGCUCUCCCCCCAGCAGUACAUGGCCGAGCAGGACGACCGAUCCGACAAGGACGCCCUCGUGCCCACUGACGUCCUUAGAGUCAUCGACACCGUCACCGUCCUGCAUGAGCCGCCACUCGUCGUGCUCGAGUGGGCAGCAAAUCCCCGCAACGACAUGUACGCGGACGCAAUAAUGAAGCUUGUCCUGAGGGCCCAGGAGCUUGACAUCCCCAGCAGCGACGUACCGCCUCCGCCCUCCAAAGACUUCGAUCAUCGGCACUUCAAGGAAUGUCUCAUCGAACUGCUGCAGGAAAUGUUCGGCGAAGGUUGCGUUCCUCCGCUGCUUAAAGGCGAUAAUUUCACGGUGACCGUCAAUGGAGAAAAGGCGCACAUCGAUCUUAGCAAUCUGAGUGUAACAUCUGACAACGCCAAGUUAUGUCGUAUCGUCGAGACUGCCGUUACGAGACUCAAAGACACCCUCACGCCCAUCUCUAUGACACCAGAAGACGAGUCUUGAAACUGGACAUCCUGCGCCUUUUGUACCUGCCUUCUCUUUAAAAAUGACAUUUUUUGCUUUCUAUCAUAUUAGUUUAAUAAAAAUAUGUUAAAUGCUAAUUAAUUCUGGCGUUUCGAAUUGCCUGUAGAAUGAUCCCGGCACACCGAGGGCACAAAGCUGCAGGGUUCGUAGGUUUUAAUGCCAAUGGAAACAAAAGCAUUACCGUAUAGUAACGUUAAUAAUCGGCAUUUUUGUUGGUCUAAUCUUUGAAUCAUGUUACAUAAUCUUUCCUGUGCUAUUCUUUAUUCUUGUAAAACUCUCUUAGGGGUGAGCAUGACAUCAGAAACUGAAUAAGCUAUUAUCGGUGGCAUAACGCCUUCGUCGAAUUAGAUCGAGCGAAGCUAAUAUGUGCGUCGCUCCAUUUAACUACCUGAAUUUAAAGCAAAAUUGUGGCCUAAUUUCAAUCUUAGGACAGCGCAUUUCUUGUAGUCGUUUGCAUGACUGUUGAUGACAUUGUUUUCAUUGGUUGCGACCACUGGCAUCAGUUAUAGUAAUA